AUGAUUCGGUUGUGUGUUACAUUCAAAAGAGUAGUUGAUGGCGAUAGGAGUAAAGUCCAGUUCGAUCUGAAUAAGUUGCCAGUUGAUAGUAGCGAUGGUUGUAAUGUGGAAGUUGAUGUGGGAAAAUCAGUAGGUAUUAUUUCAAGGAAUUCACCUAAGCCGACUAAUGAUGUAUUAGAAAAGCCUACUGAUGCUAAUCUUGGUGAUGCUGCUGGUUUAAAGUUGGAAGAUUCAAUGGUAAAAAAUGGUGAAUAUUUCAGCAGUAAGGAAGCUUUACAGGCUACUAUGGAAAUGUAUGCAAUGAAAUAUAACUGCGACUAUAGGAUUACAAAAUCUGAUAAGAGAUGGUGGUGUAUACGCUGCAUUGAUAGUGCUUGUAAUUGGCGUCUCCGGGCUGAGUGUUUACAAGCGUCUACAUAUUUCAAAAUCAACAAGACUCCAUCUGCAAGAACAAUUGGACAUCUCAUUAAGCAAAGCUAUGAGGGCGUGAAGGAAGGUCCUAAACCGAAUGAUAUAGUUAAUAUUAUUCGUUCAAGGUACGGCUGCGAGCUAACAUAUCACCAAGCUUGGAAGUCUCGGGAGUAUGCAGUUAACGAAGUUAGAGGAAUUCCUGAGAAAAGUUAUGCUAAGAUUCCAAAAUACUUGCACAUGCUACAAGAAGCGAAUCCUGGUACGUUCACGAAUUAUGAAAUUGACUUUGAUGGAAGAUUUAAAUAUCUAUUUAUUUCUUUUGGUCAAUCAACAAGAGGGUUCUACAAGUCAAUGCGGAAAGUGAUAGUAGUUGAUGGUACAUUUUUGAAGAAUAAAUACAAAGGGGUUCUCCUAGUUGCUACAGCUGUAGAUGCUGAUGAAGAAGGUUUAUCAUUUGUGUCAGAUAGACAUACAUCGAUUGCUAAAUCAAUUGGAAACAUCUAUCCAUUGGCUAAACAUGGUAUUUGCAUCCACCACUUGCUUAGCAAUGUGAUAACAUAUCAUAAGGGAAGAGGUGUCGCUGAGGAAGCCGAUGUGACAAAAUGGGCUCGCUGUCAUUUUCCGGGUUAUAGGUAUGAUAUUAACACCAACAAUGCAGCUGAAUCAAUCAAUGCUGCUUUGAGGACACCCAGAGAGUAUCCAAUAAUUCCUUUGUUAGACAGCAUCAGAGAAAUGAUGACACGCUGGUUUUAUGAGAGUAGAGAGUUAAGUGCAAAGCAUAAAGAUCCUUUAACUGUUGAGGUGGAGAAAAAGAUUUCAAGAAGAAUAGAGAAAGGUAAAUUCAUGAACGGUUAUUUGAUGAGCAGAUCGCAGAUCCAGGUUAAAGGUAAUGGAGUAGACUACAUUGUUGACUUAGAAAGAAGGACUUGUUCAUGUGGAAAGUUCAGCAUCCAAAAACUCCCUUGUAGACAUGCUAUAAAAGGAGCUUUUGAUAUAGGCAAGGAUCUAUAUCCUUAUGCUGAUGAUGUGUAUACCACUACUGCAUGGAGAUCGCAAUAUGAGGAAACUGUUAAUCCAAUAGGUGUUCCUGAAGAAGAAUGGCGAGUCCCACAGUAUGUUGAAGAUGCAAAAGUUCGACCACCUGAAACAAGAAGACAUCCAGGACGGCGAAGAAAAAGAAGAUAUGAAUCCGCUGAAGACAAGAUAAAACUCAUCACAAAACUCACAAGGGUCAAAGAGACAUAA